AUGACGACACCAGUCUCGCUUCCAUUGACCGCGACCCUUCCAGCGCCCGGCACCGCCGUCCUGCCGCCCAGCGUAGCCCACGCACUCCCUUCUCACCUCCCUCCCUCGCACGGACACCACCGUUCCGCCUCGUCCAUCUCGUCCAUGAACGCCUUUGUCCCCGGCCACCACCCGCACCAGUCUUCCCUGUCCGGCCAAAACCCCUUUGUCCCCGCUCCCCCCGCCGCUUCGACUUCGCAGUCGCAGACAAACCAGACCCGUAUCCUUCUCCUCGAGAACUUUUCAGCGACGUUGAAGACGAAGGACUUGCAGGAGCUGUUCAGCUUGUGGCAGGACCAGCCGGGAGGAUUGAAGGUCAAGUGGCGCGACGACACGAGCGCGUGGGUCGUCUUUGGCGAUGCGGGCGUCGCCAAGCGCGCCUUCCUCUCGCUCAUCGCCAACCCUCCCCUCGCCCUCUCGCCCCUGACAACCAACACCUACUCACCCUGCAUCACUCCCUACAACGGCCCAGACGUACAACAGAUCCUCCAAGCCGUUCAGAACCGUCCUCGCUCGCGCUCGAUCGCUGGCGGGUCGGGUCACCAGCGGAAGAGCAGCGUGAUGGGAAGCGGAGGGGGAGCGGCGCUUGCUGGGAUCGGGCUCGGGCAGCCGCAACAGCCUCAGAGCUCGGGAGGAGGAGCGCCGACGGGCGCGGGUCAUCACCGCACGGCAUCCUGGACUCGCCAGUCGAUCGACCGGCGCAUGCGCGAAUCACUCGGCUCCUCGCCCCCCUCGCAUGGCGCACACCUCCCCACCGACUCCACCUCUCCGAUCGACGAGCAAUCAGGCGGCGCACCGUGGCGCGCGGCGGGAGAGAGGGGACAUGAUGGAUGGAAGGCGGAUGGAGGUUGGAGGACGGCGAGUCCGGAGACGCCUGGCGGACCGGGUGGAAUCGUUGCGGGCGAGGCGCCGAGGAGGUUCGGGGGAGCGGGGGUCGCGCAUGAGAGGACGGAGUCGCGAGGCGGGGCUGCUGGACCGACUUUCAACGAGUGA